AUGCUCGCGCUCCGAAGCUGCCUAAGGAAGGUGCUGGCCCCGCGGGCACUGGCGCCACAGGUGUGCUCAUCUUUUGCUACUGGCCCAAGACAAACUGAAGGAACAUUCUAUGAGUUUUGUACUUAUUACCUUAAACCCUCGAAGAUGAAAGAGUUCAUGCACAAUGUUAAGCAAAACGUUCAUCUUCGGACAGCUCACUCUGAAUUGGUUGGCUAUUGGAGGGUAGAAUUUGGAGGCAGAAUAGACCGAGUAUUCCAUAUUUGGAAGUAUGAUAAUUUUGCUCAUCGAGCGGCAGUUGGCAAAGCAUUGGCCAAUGAUACAGAGUGGCAAGAACGAUUCCUCGUUCCAAAUUUGGCUUCCAUUGAUAAACAAGAGAGUGAAAUUACCUAUCUGGUACCAUGGUGCAAAAUAGGAACACCUCCCGAGGAAGGAGUCUAUGAACUCUCUUCUUUUCUUAUGAAACCUGGUGGCCCAGCUCUAUGGGGUGAAGCAUUUGAAAGAGCAGUAAAUGCCCAUGUCAAUCAAGGCUAUUGUAAACUAAUUGGCGUGUUUCAUUCAGAAUAUGGAACACUCAACAGAGUGCACGUUCUGUGGUGGAGCCAGAACGCAGACAGCCGUGCAGCAGGGCGACAUCGGGCUCAUGAGGAUCCCAGGGUCGUGUCUGCUGUUCGGGAAAGUGUCAACUACUUAGAUAUUCAGCAGAAUAUGUUCCUAAUCCCUGAGUCGUUUUCACCAUUGAAAUAG